GACUUUGGGCUCUCAAUACAAAUCAUGCCUCUUUACAGUAUAUAAACUGACUACUGAGCUUGUACUCAUACACAAACAGCUGGCAUCUGACAGAGCAGACACAAAACAAGAAUGAUGAAGGUCUUUUUGGUUCUGGUUCUUGCCGUAUUCACAGGUUGCCAAGCCAACUUAUUCUAUGCUGAUGAGCCUAAACCACAGUUGGAGCAACUGACUGAUGCUUUCUGGGACUAUGUGGCCAAAGCAACACACACUGCUGAGGACACACUAAAAACAAUUAGAGAGUCUCAACUCGGACAGGAAGUCAAUGCUAGAAUUACAGAUGGUGCUAAUGUGGCCAGUCAGUAUGCUGUCACUCUUCAGAACCAGAUGAACCCUCUGGCCCAGGAGAUCAUGGCCAAAAUCACCAAAGAGGCUGAAGUUCUGAAGGAGCGUGUCGAGCUGGAACUGUCCACUGUAAAGGACAAACUUGAUCCCUAUUCUGAGGAAUUGAAGACCCAAAUUCAGCAGAGUGUAAAGGCGCUAAGAGCAGCUGUUGCUCCCUACGCUGAGUCAUUUGACUCUGAAGCUCUGAAAGCCACUGUGCUGCAGAAGACUGAGGAGCUCAGGGGAAGUGUUGAGGAGAAAGUGAAGGACCUGCAGUCCAAGCUAGAGCCCUACACUGAAGAGCUCAAACAGAAAGUAGAUCAGCACCUGCAGGAAUUCCAGAAGACCGUGGCUCCUCUGACUGAAGAUCUUCAGGCCAAGGUUGCUGAGAGAGCCGCUUUGGUUCAACAGGGUCUGGCUCCCUAUGCUGAGGACCUGAGAGAGAAACUCGACCCCUACGCCCAAAACCUGAAGGACCAGCUCACUUCUCUUUAUGAGUCUUACAUCAGGACUAGUUAAAUACUCCAAACUUCCUGGACUGUGUUUUCUUUCCUUCCUACAAAUAUUAAAUAUCAAAUAUUCAAUUUUAUAAUACAUAUCAGAACACACCUUAAACAGUGGACUGUAUCAGCUUUUUAGCAAUGCAGGGAAAUGUUCUUACAAGAAAUAACUCAAAUAUAAUUAUAUUAUAAGUAAUAACUCAAAUAUAAUUGUCUUUUAUUUGUGUAGUGCUACCAUGUAGUGGUGUAUUAUUUGUAGAUGUCCUUUUUUGUACAUUGUUCCCAUUUUUGGAAAAAAAUAAACUAUUCUUAACAUA